AUGCCGUCUCCUCCGCUGUCAAUAGUCCAGUCGCUUUCACCGCGAAUAGCUGUCCUCACAUCUCAAGAUGUCAUCCAGUCUUGCGAAGCGAAUGGGUGUCGGGGACUCGAAGAGCUCUUGAGACCGUGGGAGGGCGGUGCGGAGAGAGUGUCCAUAUUAUCGAGCACACUUACACCAACGAUUCAUCCUACAUUUCCAUUACGGUUCGUUUCCUUCGAAUCGGUAUAUGUAAAUCCGACAUUAUCAGCGCCCAAUCCUGAUAUAACAGUAGACCUGAUAAGUAGUUUCGUAGGGGCCAAGAAGCCAGAGGAAGAACAACAUUAUCCCCUCACUCGAUCUCUUUUACUUUCUUCCAGACCGUUGGCAAGUCAUGAAACGUUCAAUCACCCAGUUGGGAUCUUAUAUGCAGUUUCGACAGCAACCUUAGAUCCGCUAGGGAUGCUGAAUAAGCUUCAUACGCAGAGUACCGCUACAGCUGCUCAAAAUGUCCCUUGGAUGGAUGGAAAUACAGUGCUCAGAUUUUACGUUGUAAUACACGAUAUUAGUACAAUGGGAGAUGAUAUGGCAACGGCUCAUGAGCUGUUGGCAAAUGUCAAAAAGGCCUAUGGACCACAUUCUACUUUACUGGUAAUCAACUCACAAAUUGAGCAUCGAGAACCACCAAUGUCUCCAGACAUAUCUACACAUUCAUCAAUACCGUUACCGAGACCAUUUACACCCGAACAAUCGAAUCCUUCUGCCCUUUCUCAAGUAUACGCAUCAGCUCUUUCUUCCCUUACUCUUUCACCCAUGGCAGCAGCUUCAGCUUCACUUGGCGAAACAGCAGUAUCGAAUACACCAUUCUCACCUUCAAGACCUGUCAGAAGAAAGCUAUAUGGGUCGAAAUUGAGUGCUGAAGAUACCCAGAGGUUGGCGGCUUUAGUGAGGGAAUUAGUGGGCCAGAGUCUGGUUCCUUGGAUGGAAGCUAGAGUGAGAGAAUGGAACGAGGUUUAUCAUGCCAAUCGAAGAGGUAUCACCGGUAGAUUAUUUGGAGCAGGAAGAAAGUUUUUCGGUAGUAGACCAAAUAGUCCAGCUCCUGGAACAUCCCCGACUGGUUAUAAUGCUGUCAAGGGGUAUUACCCUAUGUCAGCUGUGGAAGCCCUUUCUCGUCGUUUGGCUGAUUUCGCGUUCAUGCUUCGGGACUACAAGUUCGCUGGAGGAGUUUAUGAUUCUCUUCGUAAGGAUUUUGCCCAAGAUAGAGCUUGGAGAUAUGCAGCGGGAGCAACGGAAAUGUACGGCUUAUGCCAACUGCUGUCACACCCAUUCUUUCUGCCUUCUUCUCCACCGACAAUGAAACCUAUCCCAUUUACCAAUCUUCAACACGUUGAGAUUACAUCAUGGCUUGAACAAGCUGUCACUGCCUACCAUCAACAUGCUCCAGCGACUCACAUUCAACUCGAUGCGUUAAGAAUCACGGUCCUCUACUAUGAAUGCUGGAAGAUGAUUGGAGAAUGGAGAGCAGUAGGGGCUGCAUUGGUCAAAGGUGCCGGAGAAGCUGAUGAAGUUCCAAGUGCAGUAAUGAUCGAAGAAGCGGCUGCCGCAGAUGUGAAAGGUGGGAAAAGUUCAAAUGGAAAAAGAAGGAGGGCGUUCCAUUUGGCUCUAGCUGCGAGAAGGUACGAGACUGCUGGUCUGAAAACAUAUUCCCGUCGAUGCCUUGAACGAGCUUCUCAACUGUACAGGAUCUCGCCAUGGACAUCCGCUCAAGAUCGAAUCGAAUAUUCCCUUGGUAGACAAGCUUACACGCUUGGUGAAAGUGAUGUGGCAGUUGAGCACUUUUUGAGGCUGUUGAGGAGGGAGGAUACAGGUGUACCAGGAUCUCAAGCUGGUCCACUGCAAGAUAUGGCGCAAGCGUACGAGCAACUUGCUGCUCGUCCUGAGUUAUUAGCGGAGUCAUAUGAGAAGCUCAAACUUCCAACGCCUGUGUUUGACUCGGAGAAAACCCGUAUAAUUCCUUCUUCAGAAUCGUCUUAUUCUGGUAAAUCUAGGGAGAAAUGGACUGAAUUAGAAGGACAGGUGCUCAGCACCUGGGAUAGAAAAGGAAAGAAACCCAUGACUCUCUUACCUGAUGCAAAAAGGAUAGUCGUUGGCGAAGGUGAAACGUUUCAAGUCGAGCUUGUAGCUGUGAAUCCACUGAAUUCCCCUGUUGUCCUGACGGAUAUCACACUCACCAUUGAUCCUACCGAAGAUAUCACAGUUGAGACUAUCUCCGAGAUAUCUCUUGAACCAUAUGAGACACGAGUGAUCUCUCUCUCCGUAACACCUUCGUGGGCCUCGACCAUACACUUAUCAAACGUCACAUUUUUGUUCCAUCGCUUUUUCCCUUGUGUCCAAGCUCUCACUAAAAAGGGUAGGAGACUACAUGGUACAAAAGCUCAGAGGCUCAAUCCCACUUAUGCAGAAGAUACAAGUCUGACUGUUAAUGUGACAUCCUCGAGAGCGGGACUACAUGUGGAAUUAGAAGGCUUUCCGGAUAGAGCUUAUGCAGGUGAAGAAGUCGAAGGUAGAAUCAGAUUAUUCAACAGAGGCAAGACGCAAGUUGAAAAUGUGGGAAUGAUAUGGAAUCAUGUUGGGCUGAUAAGGCGUAAAGAAGAUACCAAGCAUUCAGAUACCCCUUUUAGUAUACCAAACCUAAUACAACCUAACACCGUAAUGUCUAUAUAUCAAGAUAAAAUCUCACCGGGAGAGGAACGCGAAAUUCCGGUUAUCAUAACCCUCUCAAAUCCUAGGAUAAUGGAUAUGCUCGGUUUGAUUACAUUCUCCAAUCCUGGAGACGAUCCACAAACAUUCGCUACGACUGUUUCUUAUCAGAUAGAAAGUCUACCUAUUAUCAACGUUGAAGCUCAGGUCAGAUUGUGUGAGAAGACACCUCUAGAAUUCGCCAUCAUACUGGAAACAACGAAUAUGUCCAGUGAGAUUCUGCAGAUCGAUGGAGUGAAGGGAGUUAGUCCAAUUUGGGAAACGAAUCCUGUCCAAAGUUUUGAGACCCUUUUUCCGAAUCAGGUCCUACGCUCCAUCAUCCCUGUUAAGAAGGAGCUUUCGACCAAGACUGAUUUAUGUCAGUCCGCCACAAUAGAAGCGCUGAGCAAGUUGGUUCAAGGACAACCUUUGGACGAGAUCUCGGCUUCACUUGACUCCUCUACGUCCAUUGCCGGACCCAGUAUCUCAACGGAUGAUCUACCAUCUUAUCUCGCUGCAAGGCGUUCUCACCGUCUACAACAACUGACCAGCUCAUUUCCUACAAUUUCAUCCAUAUCACUAGCAAAGCUUUUCCCUCUUAUUGAGCCAUUAGAUCUAGACCUAGUAAUCAAAUACUCCAUCUCCGACAGACAAGGUCAAAUAUUCAUUCACUCCUUGCAUCCUUCUCCUGCAUUUUCACUAGUGGAAGAGAUAAGGAAAACGAUCAAUAUCGCUAUAGCAUCAGGAAAUAAAUCAACUCGAACAAUGUACGAAGAAACAUCAAGACUACGGCAAGUGCUCAUGGACAGUGUACUAGAUGGUGUAUUAGCCAAAGAAGACGAUCCUGUUCAAGUCAGAAUCAGAGUGGGUGAAAGAGGGAAAGUAAAACACGACUUCAAGCAGAAUGUAGCUAAAAAACUUCCUGUCAAUUUUGAAAUAUCGAAUUCGUCACCUCUUCUCCCUGUAAGAUGGAUAUUGAAACUACCCCGACCUUCCACAACGUCAUUAGACAAUACGUUAUCUCCCGCACAGUACACAGGUUUGCUGACGAGAAAAGGGACUCUGAAAGCCGGUGAAAAGGAAGAGGUCAUUGCGGACCUAUGGAUACAUGAACCAUGUUCUAUAGACCUUGGAGGAUGGGAAUUGAGUACUGAGACUGGAGAUGUUGUAGAUGGACUGGAUUGGGUAGUCAGGAACUCAUGGAAUAGAACAGGAGAUGAGAAGAUUUUGCAUGUUGAAGAUAUUGCUUGA